AUGGCGAAUCUCUACUUCACGCACUCUAGUGCGCCUCUGAAGACGAUUCAGGAGAUCCAGUUCGGUCUCCUGUCGCCUGAGGAGAUCAAGAACAUGAGUGUGGCGCAUAUCUUGUACCCCGAGACGAUGGAUGAGAGCCGAAUGAAGCCACGCGACGGUGGUCUCAAUGAUCCUCUCCUAGGUUCUGUUGAUCGUCAGUUCAAGUGCAAGACGUGCACAGAGAACAUGUCCGAGUGUCCUGGUCAUUUCGGUCACAUCGAGUUGGCCAAACCUGUCUACCACCCUGGCUUCAUCAAGAAGACAAAGAAGAUCCUUGAGAUGGUUUGCCACAACUGCAGCAAGGUGCUGGCUGACAGGAGCGACCCCGAGUUCGCUGCCGCGGUGAUGACGAGAGAUCCAAAAGUCCGAUUCCAGCGCGUCUGGGAGGCGUGCAAGAAGAAGAAGCGCUGUGAGAACGAGGUGAAGCAGGAGGAUGACGAGUUCAAUCCCGAAGGCAAGCCUAAGGCCCCCGCAUUUAACCAUGGCGGUUGCGGUAAUAUUCAGCCUGCUGUCCGACAUACGGCACUCAACCUCUUCGCGGCGUACGAAGUUCCACAGGAAGAGGGUGGCAAGGUCAAGGAGAAGAAAGUCAUUACAGCCGAACAGGCGCACAACAUUCUCCGUCGGAUCAGCGACUCUGACCUUUCAGACAUGGGCUUGAACAAAGACUACGCUCGUCCCGAGUGGAUGAUCGUCACCGUCCUUCCUGUUCCGCCACCGCCUGUCCGACCCAGUAUCUCCAUGGACGGUACUGGCCAAGGUAUGCGAAACGAGGAUGACUUGACUUUCAAGCUUGGUGACAUCAUUCGCGCCAAUGGAAACGUCAAACAGGCCAUGCAGGAAGGCUCUCCAGCCCAUAUCGCCCAAGAUUUUGAGCAACUUCUUCAAUAUCAUGUUGCCACGUACAUGGACAAUGAUAUCGCUGGUCAGCCUCGCGCUCUGCAGAAGAGCGGCCGUCCUGUCAAGGCUAUUCGAGCUCGUCUCAAGGGUAAAGAAGGUCGUCUUCGUGGUAACUUGAUGGGUAAGCGAGUGGAUUUCUCCGCACGUACUGUCAUCACAGGUGAUGCCAACAUCUCUCUCGACGAGGUAGGCGUGCCGCGAAGCAUUGCGCGCACACUGACCUAUCCGGAAACCGUCACACCAUACAAUAUUGGCCGAUUGCAUCAACUCGUCCAGAAUGGGCCUAAUGAGCAUCCUGGUGCGAAGUAUGUCAUCCGGUCAGACGGAACCAGAAUUGAUCUUCGCCAUCAUCGACGUGCCGGUCAAAUCUCGUUGGAGUAUGGUUGGAAGGUCGAGCGUCAUCUUAUUGAUGGUGAUUUCAUCAUCUUCAAUCGUCAGCCUUCGCUGCACAAGGAGUCCAUGAUGGGUCACAGAGUGCGUGUCAUGCCUUAUUCCACGUUCCGAUUGAACCUUUCAGUCACCUCGCCUUACAACGCCGAUUUCGAUGGUGACGAAAUGAAUCUUCACGUCCCUCAAACUGAGGAAACUCGAGCUGAGGUCAUGAAUCUUUGCAUGGUGCCUCUCAACAUCGUCUCGCCUCAGCGAAACGGUCCAUUGAUGGGCAUUGUCCAGGAUACUUUGGCUGGUGUCUACAAGCUCUGCCGCCGAGAUGUUCUUCUCACCAAGGAGCAAGUCAUGAAUGCCAUGCUCUGGGUCCCUGGCUGGGAUGGCAUUAUUCCCGUCCCUGCUAUUCUCAAACCACGACCUCGAUGGACUGGUAAACAGAUUAUCAGCAUGGUCAUCCCUAAAGAGGUUAGCUUGCACUCUGGCAACGACACCAAGGAGGACGCGCCUUUGAGGGAUGACGGUGUUCUGAUUCAGACCGGUGAGCUCAUGUACGGCUUGCUCUCCAAGAAGAUUGUCGGUGCUACAGGAGGUGGUAUUAUUCACAUCGUAUACAACGAGCUUGGUUCUACAGCUGCCAUGAACUUCCUCAAUUCAUGCCAACGUGUUGUCAACUAUUGGCUUCUCCACAACGGUUUCAGCAUUGGUAUCGGUGAUACGAUUCCAGAUAAAAAGACCAUUGAGAAGGUCCAAGUACACAUUGAUGACCAAAAGGAGGAGGUCAGAGAGCUGACUGCCUUGGCAACGGCCAAUAAGCUUGAAGCCUUGCCUGGUAUGAACGUUCGAGAAACCUUUGAGAACAAGGUUUCCAAGGCACUCAACACCGCUCGUGACAAGGCUGGUACAACCACUGAGAAAGGUCUGAAGGACUUGAACAACGCCGUCACCAUGGCCCGUUCUGGUUCCAAGGGCUCUUCUAUCAACAUUUCUCAGAUGUCUGCACUUGUCGGUCAACAGAUCGUCGAGGGUAAGCGUAUUCCGUUCGGAUUUAAGUAUCGAACACUUCCGCAUUUCACCAAGGACGACUAUUCUCCGGAGGCCCGUGGCUUCGUCGAGAACUCUUACCUUCGUGGCUUGACACCCUCGGAAUUCUUCUUCCACGCCAUGGCUGGUCGUGAAGGUCUGAUUGAUACAGCCGUUAAGACUGCUGAAACUGGAUACAUUCAGCGUCGUCUUGUCAAAGCUCUGGAGGAUGUCAGUGCUAAGUACGAUGGCACCGUUCGGAACUCUCUCAACGAUAUCAUUCAAUUCCUGUACGGUGAGGACGGUCUAGACGGUAUGCACAUUGAAAAGCAGAGAGUGGAUCACCUCAACAUGUCGAAUGCUGCUUUUGCGGACCGAUACAAACUUGAUGUCAUGGAUGAGUCGCGACCAGCUGCCUUCGAAGCGCUGGAGUAUGCAAAUGAGAUAUCUGGUGAUCCCGUUGCGCAAGAGCUCCUCGAUGCAGAGUACGAGCAUCUAUUGGAGGACCGCAAGCUUGUUCGGGAUAUCAACUCCAGGAAGAAGGACGAGGAAAUGAUGCAGCUUCCUCUCAACAUCGUGCGUAUCAUUGACAGCGCCAAGAAGCUAUUCAAGAUCGAUGAUACGCAGCGCAGCGAUCUACGACCUCAAGAUGUCAUCCCAGCUGUUCAAGGCCUGCUAGACCGAAUGGCAGUCGUCCGUGGUGACGAUCCGAUCUCCAAGGAGGCUGACUAUAAUUCCACCAUCCUGUACAAGGCUCAACUAAGGUCACGUCUUGCAUACAAGCGUCUCGCGGUUCAUCAACGCCUCAACCGCCUCGCUUUCGACCAUCUCCUUGGAGAGUUCGAGAGUCGUUGGGCACGGUCUUUUGUCAACCCUGGUGAAAUGGUUGGAGUGCUUGCUGCCCAAUCCAUUGGAGAGCCUGCAACACAGAUGACAUUGAACACCUUCCACUUUGCUGGUGUGUCGUCCAAGAACGUGACGCUCGGUGUGCCGCGUCUCAAGGAAAUUCUCAACGUCGCUAGCGACAUCAAGACUCCUGGCAUGGUGGUUUACCUUGAUACAGAAGACGCUACACAGGAGGCUGCCAAGGUCUUGCGAAGCGCUGUCGAGCAUACCAAUCUUCGAUCAGUCACUGCCAUGACAGAGAUCUACUACGAUCCCGACAUCAGAUCGACCAACAUUGAGGCCGAUAUUGACAUCGUCGAAUCAUACUUCCUCAUUCCUGAUUCGGAAGCCGUUGACAAUACGGAUCAACAAUCCCGAUGGCUGCUACGUAUCACAUUGGAUCGUCAAAAGAUGCUCGACAAGGGUCUCACUGUUGAGGACGUUGCCUCGCGUAUCAAGGAGGAUUAUUCCAGCGAUCUGGCCGUCAUUUUCAGUGAUAACAACGCUGAUGAGCAGGUGUUGCGUAUUCGACCACUUCGUACGGACGAUGACAAGGAUGAAGACAGCAACAGACGUAUCGAAGACGAUGUUAUGCUCAAGCGUCUCGAGACUCAUCUGCUUGACAAGCUGACCCUCCGCGGAGUGCCUGGCAUUGAACGAGCUUUCCUGAACAAGGAGACUAAGCUUUUAGAGAUGCCUGAUGGUUCGCUCAAGGCUGCAAAGAACGAUACAAUGUUCGACGAGUGGUACUUGGAUACUCAGGGCACUGCUCUUCGUCAGGUUCUUGCUGUGGAAGGUGUGGAUCCAACACGCACUUACACCAAUCAGCUGCACCAGGUUGUCGAUGUUUUUGGUAUCGAAGCUGCUAGAACGGCACUUCUGCGCGAGUUGACUCUAGUUUUGGCCUUCGACGGUUCUUACGUCAACCAUCGCCAUCUGGCGCUUCUGGUCGAUGUCAUGACUUACAGGGGAAGUAUCGCUGCUGUCACUCGACAUGGUAUCAACCGCGCUGACACGGGUGCUCUGAUGCGUUGCUCCUUCGAGGAAACAGUCGAGAUUCUGCUGGAGGCUGCGGCCACUGGUGAACUGGAUGACUGCCGCGGUAUAUCCGAGAAUGUGAUGCUGGGACAGCUUGCACCAAUGGGAACAGGUCACUUUGAGGUGCAACUUGAUCCGGCGAUGCUCGACACUCUCAUGUCGGAUGACAUGCGUGCCAACAAUGUUUCUGGUGUCACAGGCAAAGGGGGUCACAUCGAGGGUGCGGCCACCCCGUACGAUACCGGAUCGCCGAUGGCUGAUGGUUAUCUCGGUAUCAGCUCACCUGCAUUGGGCAACUUCUCGCCAAUUGUUGGUGCUGGUUCAGACACUCCGGCUGGAUUUGCCACGGAAUAUGGUGGUGGUUUUGGAAUGGGUACGCCCAACGUCACCGAAUUACUCUCCGGCCUCGCCGACUGCUGGCAAGAACUACUCUCCUACGUCGCCCAACCAGUACAACUCGCCUACUUCUCCGAACUAUUCUCCAGCCAGUCCGAACUACAGCCCGGCGUCACCGAACUUCAACGCGACUUCCCCAUCUUACUCGCCGGCUUCUCCAAAUUGGUCUCCAACAUCGCCAGAGGCAUACUCUCCUACGAGUCCGACCUUCCAGCGAUCCCCUGGGCAGGUGCAAUCACCCACCAGCCCAGGCUAUUCUCCUACGUCGCCAUCGUUCUCGCCUAG